CCGGCACACGCGACGGAUGUGUGAGCUGUGAUCGUUUCAACUUUCUUCGAGUCUUCGAUCAUAAAAUAUACUGACUCCUAUUUUGUAAAAUCAAAGUUAUUUUUGAUAUCAGUGAUUUGGUUAUAAUAUCGAAAUCAAAGUGACCGUUGAGUUUUUACAUGAGGUAGUGUUUAUUUUUUGUGUAUCUUCAACGUGUUUGGUUCAACGGACGGAGGUUCGAUGAUGUUAUAGUGUCAUAGUGCAGUGUUGUGAAUGUGUCAUUUAGUACGGACUAUGGGGGCUAUUUCCCUUACUGUUAGAUGGCUGGCCGUAGUGCUCAUCGGCGCUGAGUGGCAGGUCCAUUCCCAGCUUAUACAGCCUACAUCAGAAAUUGAGAGUUCUUAUAAUUAUUACUAUGAACAGCCGUGUUGUACUGGACCAGUGACUAAGAGCAAAUAUCACGUGAGACACAGAAGAGAUCAUGUACGCGAAUUCUCAUGUGGGACUCUUUACUACAGAACUUUGUUUGUCGACACAAAGCGUGAUGCGCUCUACGUUGGUGCGAUGGACCGAUUGUAUCGACUUAACAUGAACAACAUUAGCGCAUCUCAUUGUGAGAGAGACGCGAUAAAUUUGGAGCCCAGUAACGUGGCGCAGUGUGUGUCAAAAGGGAAAUCGGAGCAUUUCGACUGUCGGAAUCAUAUCCGUGUGAUCCAACCAAUGGGUGAUGGGUCCCGACUCUACAUCUGCGGCACCAAUGCACAUAGCCCAAAGGACUGGGUACUUUACUCGAACCUGACGCACCUGCCGCGACAUGAGUACGUGCCGGGGAUCGGUAUGGGCGUCGCAAAGUGCCCCUACGACCCGGCGGACAACUCCACGGCGCUGUGGGUGGAAAGGGGCAACCCUGGCUCCCUGCCUGCUUUGUACUCCGGCACCAACGCCGAGUUCACAAAGGCUGACACGGUCAUUUUUAGAACCGACCUACACAACCUUACUACAGGCAGGCGGGAGUUCUCCUUCAAGCGAACCCUCAAAUACGACUCCAAAUGGCUAGACAAACCGAAUUUCGUUGGAUCCUUCGACGUUGGCGAAUACGUCUUAUUCUUCUUUCGAGAGACAGCGGUAGAAUACAUAAACUGUGGAAAGGCAGUCUACUCCCGAGUAGCAAGAGUCUGCAAACGUGAUACUGGAGGCAAGAAUAUACUCAGCCAAAACUGGGCGACUUAUCUCAAAGCCAGACUCAACUGCAGUAUUCCUGGAGAGUUUCCAUUCUACUUUAAUGAGAUACAGAGUAUAUACAAAGUACCUGGUGACGAUAACCGCUUCUAUGGAGUCUUCACCACCGCAUCCACUGGUCUGAUGGGAUCCGCAAUUUGCACUUUUACAAUAGGAGACAUCCAAAAAGCCUUUGAGGGUAAAUUCAAGGAACAAGCCACAUCAAGCUCCGCCUGGUUGCCAGUUAUUAGCAGCAAAGUACCAGAACCCAGGCCUGGCACCUGCGUCAAUGACACCUCGUCCUUGCCUGAUACUGUUCUUAACUUUAUACGAUCCCACCCAUUGAUGGAUAGUGCUGUGUCUCAUGAACACGAAAAGCCGAUUUACUACAAACGAGACCUGUUCUUCACGAGGCUAGUGGUGGACCGCGUCAAGGUAGACAUGAUGGGCCACCAAUUGGAGUACACAGUGUACUAUGCUGGAACAAAUGAAGGGAAAAUUCAUAAAAUCGUUCAGUGGACUCGCAACGGCGACAGCCAGUCAGCUUUACUUGACAUAUUCGACAUUACUCCCGGAGAACCUAUUCAGGCGAUGGCUCUGUCGCGCACUCAUGGCUCGCUCUACGCAGCGUCUGACCGGCGAGUGCUACAGCUACGCUUGGCGUUAUGUGCACGCCGCUACGAUGCAUGCGUGCGUUGCGCAAGAGAUCCGUACUGCGGUUGGGACCGCGACGCUGGCGUAUGCAGAGAAUACAUGCCUGGAUUAAUCCAAGACGUGGCGAACGAAACAGCUGAUAUUUGUGACUCGUCCAUAUCACGAAAAAGCGUGUCUGCUACGUGGGGUCAAAGUCUGCACCUGGGAAGCUUUGUCAAGAUGCCCGAGGUACUCCAGCCGUUAUCCGUCACCUGGUAUCAUUACUCGAAGGAGAAGGGACGUCAUACUAUUACAUUCAAUAAACCCGAGAAAUAUAUUGAGACGUCGGAACAUGGACUACUAAUUAUAUCUGUGAGCGAGUCAGAUGCCGGACGUUAUGAUUGCUGGCUCGGUGGAUCACUGUUAUGCUCCUACAACAUCACUGUCGACACGCACAGAUGUUCACCGCCAGAGAAAAGCAACGAAUACCAGAAGAUUUACUCGAACUGGUGUCACGAAUUUGAGAAAUAUAAAACUGCGAUGAAAACGUGGGAAAGGAAACAAGAGCAAUGCGCUCGACAAAACGACUCAAAUCAAAACACACAUCCGAAUGAGAUUGUGUGAUAGCUUCUGAAUAUCGCCUAUCUCAUGUUUCAAUCCGUGUCCUCCUACGGGAUAAUUCCUGUGCCGUACGUGAAAGCCGCUCUUAAAUACUUUAACAUCCUCACCUAAGUUAAUCUAAGUGAUUAAAUGUUAUAUUUUCAUACAUGAGAAGGUGAUUCAAAAUUUAUGGACAAUUUUUAUAAUGAAAACUAGAGUUGUGCUUCGUUGGUGGCGUGAGCUGGUAGGAAAAUUGUUAGUAGGUUUUCGUACGUGUUUGCUUACGCGUUAUGUCAAAUCUUGCCAUUUAGACGCGGUGAUAUCAUUUGAAGUUUAGCCCGUGUCUUGCUCAUAUGGAAUCCGUUUGCUAGCCAAACAUAUCUUUGUUUUUGUGUUAAAUUAUACAAAACCUGGAGGGGGAUACAUUCAAUAAUACGUUUUUUUAAAAGCUCAAAGCUGUAGUAGUUAGAAGUAGAUUGGGUAAUAUAAAAUUCACUUCAGGUAUCAAUGAGCUUUCUAACUGACUAAAACAAGUGGAAACCAAUCAAAUCAAAACUUAUCCAAAUUCAGUAAAUAUAUCUAUAGUUUUGUAUCUUUUUAAAAUUAAAAUCCACUCCAUGUUUUGUUGACAGUUUUAUAAAACAAAAACAAAUAAUUUGUUAGGUUCACAGAUUAUCAACGGAUUAUAAUUACAAUGUAUUUUCUUAUUUCGCUUAGAUCUAUGAUAUCCGAAGCCGCUUGAAACGUUAAAAUAAAACAGCCAAACAUUUUGACCCUAUCCUUAAUUAUGUUUGUUAAAAUGAUCAAACUCGUUGCCUUUUUACUAAUGAGUGAAUACGUUCUGUAAUUUGAAAUCUCCAAGGGUUGUGGGUUUGCCUCAUUAUUUUGCCCUUUAUUCAUGUAAAUAGUUACCUAAUUUUCUCUAAGUGUACGUAUAGAAUGCACGUCCCUAAAUAAUGUAUAUUUAAGCCUGUGAUAUAUAAGGGAAGCUCCACACAUGACACGGUCAGCACAUGUGUGUAGCACGCCCGAAAGAUUUGUUUAGCGUGAUGCGAUGGCGUUUAACUUGAAUGCUUGUUUUGAAGAAUUCCUUGUUAAGAGUACAUGACAUAUACUGCCGCAAAGUUAAUAUGCAAUCAUUUACUUAAUUUAAAGACCAUACAAAAGAUACAAUGCUUUCAACUGUUAGCGGUACUUAGAGUCGUCAAUUAAGUGAUCUUUACUAAAGGUGGAAGACACAAAUGUUAUGCGUGAUUAAUGAUCGAUUUAAGAAUGCAUAAAGAAGUAAAAGAUCUUCGAUCGAGUAAAGUACUUUCCGUUUUGAUCUAUAUUUAUUAUUUAUCCUUAAUGGACGACUCUAAGUUGCUGUAUUAACUUAUCAAUUGGUAAGGCUAUUAAAAUUUGCACUUAAUUAGAAGAAAACUCAGUAAAAUCCUACCAGUAUGAUUGAUUACUCUGAAAUGAUUAUUUAUUUAAUAGAAUAUAUCAAAAACAAUUGUAUGCUUUUGCGAUUAUAUGUUAAGUAGAAACUUUGUGAAAUUAUUUAAAAAUGAAAACUCAGCAAUAAUAUUAUAUAACUGAAUACAAAAGCUUGCUCACUAAAUAAAAUAUAUCUCGGAACAGGUAUGCAUACUUCGCUAGAUGAGAGAUUUUCAUAUAUUUUUGAAUUUUAAACGUAAAUUUAAAAUAAAGAAACAUCUCUCUCAUUUUACAAAGAUGGCAACAUCAUAUGAUGUUUAUGUCAAAGUAAUCUGGAAAUUGUCUAUGAUUCCGAUUUUGUAUCUACUUCAUCCUCUGUUUUAGUAAUAAAAUAUUAUUCUGUUUCUUAAUAUGUUGAAGGGCAGCCCUGUUCCGAUGUAUUGGUUAAUAUUAUACGUAUAAAAUAUAUUAGUAAAUAAAUUUAGAUGUUUUAGAAAAUAAUUCUGCAUAUUUUUGUACAAAGAAUUGUUCGUAAGUAACUAGAGGUUUCGUCUUGUAAUAUCAUACUCACGGGUACCUUUUAACACUUCGAUUCCAUAUCAUAAAUAUAGCUUGUAUUAUAAUGUACCUACACCAUAUUGAAUUUGAAAGACAAAACUGUUUUAAAUGAAAUUGUAAAAAUAUUUUUUCUAGAUAUCUACGUUAUAGAAAUGUAUUGUUCUUUCAAAAACGUUUCUUUUCUUCAUCUUCACGACUCACAUUGAAACCGGCCAUUUAAAAAUAUAUUUUAAUAUUCUGUAGACAUUCAUUCACUAACAAAUUUUAUGAAUAGGUGCUUCAAAUAUAUUUAAUUUUAGCAAAAGCGUAAGAUUUUCAAAUUUCUCAUAUCAUAUGUAAAUAUAUUGACCGAAAUAGAUAUAAUUUAGGUAUAAAUCUGAGCUUUUAAAAUUUAAACACUUAAGAUCCCAGUACUUAAGUAUUUUAGUGAUUUCUGACUAAGGUACGGAUAGGACGUCUUGCGCAAUAAUUAUAGCUAAAUACUUACUACGUAUGGUGUACAUUUUACAAUAUGUUACUAUUAUAAGUUAAAAUUCAAAGUAGAUUAAGAAUUUAUAUAAUAAAUCUAUAAAAUGUA